CCGAGCGCGCCACACAUGACAAAUGUCACCGUGAUACGAGCCUGCAGUCUUCAGGCCUCGCUGAAAAACGUGGAAAUUCAGCAGAAAAGUGGAUUUAAUUGUAAAUUGUGAACUAUAUUCGUUGUGUGAACGUUGCAAACAGUGUGUUCGAUUAGUGUACGCGUACACAACAUUUGUAUAUCGCCACGGCGGGUGUGCCGUGAGGGGUAUGCGCCGGCGGCGCUGAGGCAUGAGCGGGGCGCGCGCCCCCGAAUCCCGCGACCAACCGCGCCAUCCCCACCGUAAUCACCCCCAGGAAUCGUCGCCUACAUUGACACUUAUAUCGUCAAAGGGCUCGGCGGAUUCAAACUACUCGCAGCCGUCUUCGGAGCUGUCGCUGGACGAAGACAAGGAGGCGCUGCGCCGCGAGAAGGAAGCGCAGGCUCUCGCACAGCUUGAUAAGGCUAGGUCGAAGCCGGUCGCGUUCGCAGUGCGCACGAACGUCGCAUACGAUGGCACCAUCGACGACGACUCGCCCGUGCACGGCAGCGCCAUCUCCUUCGAGGUGCGCGACUUCCUGCACAUCAAGGAGAAGUACGACAACAACUGGUGGAUCGGGCGGCUAGUGAAGGAGGGGUGCGACAUCGGGUUCAUCCCGUCGCCGGUGAAGCUGGAGAUGGUGCGCGCGGGGCUGGCGGCGCGCGGGCGCUACACGCGCGCGGGCUCGGCCGCCAACCUCGCCGGCUCGCUCGCGCCCGCGCACGCGCCGCACCCGCCCCUCUCCAGAGGUAGCACCCCCCCCACGCCCGAUGUACCUUCCUUCGACCGAGGUGAGGAGUCAGACUCAGCCGGCCGCGGUCGCGGCGCAGCGCUGCCAGGCAGCAAAGAGAAGAGGAAGCCCUUCUUCAAAAAGCAGGAGGCAUGCACGCCGUACGACGUAGUGCCUUCCAUGCGCCCAGUGGUUCUCGUAGGACCUUCGCUCAAGGGUUAUGAGGUCACGGACAUGAUGCAGAAAGCGUUGUUCGACUUCCUGAAGAGACGGUUCGAGGGCAGGAUAAUAAUAACUCGCGUGACGGCGGACAUAUCGCUCGCGAAGCGCUCGCUGCUGAACAACCCGUCGAAGCGCGCCAUCAUGGAGCGCUCCAACUCGCGCUCGACGUGCCUCGCGGAAGUGCAGGCGGAGAUCGAGAGAAUAUUCGACCUGGCGCGGACGCUGCAGCUGGUAGUGCUGGACUGCGACACCAUCAACCAUCCGUCGCAGCUCGCCAAGACCUCGCUUGCACCCACCAUCGUGUACUUGAAGAUCACUAGCCCGAAGGUGCUUCAACGCCUAGUAAAGUCCCGCGGGAAGGGCCAGACGAAGAACCUCUCCGUGCAGAUGGUGGCGGCAGAGAAGCUGUCCCAGUGUCCGCCGGACAUGUUCGACGUCAUCUUGGACGAGAACCAGCUGGAGGACGCGUGCGCACACAUCGCGGAGUAUCUCGAGACGUACUGGCGCGCGACGCACCCGCCGAGCGCGGCGCCGCUCUCCGCGCCCGCGCCGCGCGCGCACCACGCGCACCACGCGCACCACGCGCACGCGCACGCGCAGCCCGGUGAGUACACACACCACACACCACACACCACACACACACCCUCUUGUAACCUUGAAUGUCCCUCUUUUGAUCCCCCCGCGCAUUCCGGAGGACACCGCGAGAGGUCCGACUCCUACAACUACGAGAGGGAACGAGGUGGCAGAGCGCGUGCGCCGCGGCCGGAGCGGCUCGAGGAGGAGUACUACCCGCGCGACCGCUACCAGCGCUACCCGCGCGACUACCACCCCGCGUACGCGCACGAGUACGGCGCAGGCGCGGGCGCGGGCGCGGGCGCGGCGGCCGAGCCGUACGGACACGACUACACGCGCGAGUCGUACCGCGACGAGUACCGCGAGUACGGGCGCGAGUACGGGCGGGAGUACGGGCGCGAGCCGGCGCCGCCGCGCCGCGACCGCGACUCCGACGAGUACGGACCCUCGCGCCGCGCGCUCAACGCCGUGUAGCGACGCGCCGGCGCCGGGCCCGGGGCCGGGACCGGGACCGGGACCGGACUCGGGGCCGGGCCCGAGGAGGCGCCGGGGGCGGAGCCGGAGGCCGAGGCGGCGGCCGGUCCCGCGCCGGCGCGGUAUCGCUGAGCUUUAGUGACCGCUUGCGCCUCGCCCGCCUUGCGUUGAUUGUGUACAUUUUAAUGAUGGUCAAGGAAGAUAAUUUUAGUACCGUUAGAUAUUAUCCGUUUCCCAUUUUUUGAACAUACUCUGUAAUUAUAUUGCAUCGUCUGUACUUCAUUGUUGCAAUCAUUUGUAAAUAAAAUACUUUAUAUCGAUA